CUCGGAACCCUCCGUCAGGUGAUAUCUCCUCCUCGGAACAAGAUCGCAUUUGCCGCUUCGACUUCCCCGCACCCAUCCUUCGAUAUGCAUGCCGGGCCAACGGGCAUACAUGAUAUCAAAGCGACAAGUCAGAGUAAUUACGGUAGCAGACAAGCUCCUCUUGUCCGUUGCUCUUUGCCAGAUUUGUUACUCGAAUAGCUAUGAUGCAGAUAACAAACACAGCUUUGGAUCCACUUCGUAUCACCUCAUUCGACCCCUCACCAUCAGACCAACAAUCACCCUGUUUCCGCCCUGCUUCGAAAGAUCCUGCGGAAUCAUGCCCGCAUGGAAAGUUGUCUGAUAUUGGCUCGGUGGAGCGGUCAAUACUCCCAUGAUAUAAAACACUCGACUUUCUCGCGCCUGUCUUUGCAGAUAUCUCAACUCCAGAAUCUUUGAAACAGCCUCCUUUGAUCUCGCAUCACCUUCAACUCAUAAUGUCAAUUCCCUCUCAACAGCGAGCAGCCGUCCGUCAAGGACUUGGCGCAGCAGCAACAGCUCCUAUCCGCAUAGUCGACGUUGAGAAGCCAGGCCCAGGCCAAAUUCUCGUCAAAAUUACAUGGACCGGCCUUUGCGGUUCCGAUAAGUCUCUCCUGCACAAUGAGUGGAAGGACUUUGGCGUUAGUAUGAUGGACGCUUCUAAAGGAAUCGCAGGGCACGAAGGAGCCGGUAAUGUCGUAGCUGUUGGCGAGGGCAUGGAGAACAAGUGGAAGAUUGGCGAUCGUGCUGGAGUGAAGUGGAUCGCCAGCACCUGUGGCGAAUGCGACUUUUGCAGAGUUGGGUCGGAUGAGGUUCACUGUCCUAACCAGACCAACAGCGGAUUUUCGGUUGCGGGAACAUUCCAGGAAUAUGUUAUUGCGGAUGGAAGAUAUACUUCGAGAAUUCCAGAUGGUGUUUCUGAUGAGGAGGCUGGACCGAUUAUGUGCGGAGGCGUAACAGCAUACACAGCUUGCAAACGAUCGGGCGUGACUCCCGGCCAGUGGCUAGUCAUCCCUGGUGCUGGAGGUGGUCUCGGCCAUUUCUGCAUCCAGUACGCCAAAGCGAUGGGCAUGCGAGUCAUCGCUAUUGACGGCGGUGACGAGAAGCGAGAUCUUUGCCUCGAGCUCGGUGCUGAAGUCUUCAUUGACUUUAAGACAACGAAGGACAUCACCGCGGAGGUCAUGAAGAUCACGAAAUACGGCGCCCACGGUGUUAUCAUCACAGCUGCGACACGGGCGGCGUACGAGACUGCCCCCAACUACCUCCGUCCCAAUGGAACUGCUGUGGCUGUUGGUCUUCCCCAAGACCCAACUGUUAUUGCUGGUGCACCCCCGAUGGCAGUUGCUCUUCGACGCUUGAAGAUUGUGGGAAGUGUUACAGGUAGUAUGAAGGAUGUCGAAGAGGCUCUUGACUUCACUGCUAGAGGUCUCGUUCGACCAAUUCUUUCCAAGGGUAAGCUUGAUGAUCUUGAUCAAUGGAUCAAGAAGCUUGCUACUGGUCAAGUCGCUGGACGAUGCGUCCUGGAAGUUGCUGCUUAGGAUAUCUAGCGGAGAGUAGAAUGUGUUUAAUUGCCACUGAUGGCCGGUUUGUUGGCAGCUGGUGCAUGAGGAGUUUAGUUAGAGAGGAUUAAGGCCGUGGAUGGGCGUUAGUGUAUUGGAGUGAGUUGGUGAAGUGCAUCGAUAGGUUAACAUGAACACGAAAACGAUUUCUCUGUUA